CGCAUGCGCACAAGGCAAUCACAAGUGUUUCUGUAGGGGGAGUGUUAGUUAUGCUGACAGUACGCACUCAGUGCUAAAUAGAUAACCCAGAUCAAGAACGAGAAUAUAGGCCCCACCGGAGACACUUCAACAGGUUUAAGUCCAGGGAUAAUGAUUGAUUAAAUGCCCAUAUGCAGCUGUACAGCUUUCUUCAGAAACCGCUCACACUACAAAAAACACAUCUCAAUAUAGAACAGCAAAAGACAAGCUUACAAAUGUCUUUUAAACGGCAGAAGUGCCGCUGCUUCCAUCCCUUUCACUAAAGAGGCAUAAGAUGAGCUCCAUUGCAGACAGAGAUGAUGGAAGUAUUUUUGACGGACUUGUGGAAGAAGAUGACAAGGAUAAAGCAAAGAGGGUGUCUAGGAACAAAUCUGAAAAGAAGCGCAGAGAUCAGUUCAACAUUCUCAUUAAAGAGCUUGGAACUAUGCUACCUGGGAAUGCUCGAAAGAUGGAUAAAUCCACUGUAUUGCAGAAGAGCAUCGAUUACCUACGCAAGCACAAAGAAAUUAGUGCUCAGUCUGAUGCUUGUGAAAUUCGACAGGACUGGAAACCUACAUUCCUCAGUAAUGAAGAGUUUACACAGCUCAUGUUGGAGGCCCUUGAUGGAUUUUUCCUGGCAGUUAUGACAGAUGGAAAUAUAAUAUAUGUGUCGGAAAGUGUGACUCCCUUACUUGAACACUUACCAUCUGAUCUGGUUGAUCAGAGUAUAUUUAAUUUUGUCCCAGAAGGGGAACAUUCAGAGGUGUAUAAAAUCCUGUCCACACACAUACUGGAUAAUAGUUCUCUAACUUCAGAAUACCUGAAAACAAAGGAUGAACUUGAAUUCUGUUGUCAUAUGCUGAGAGGCACAGUAGAUCCAAAAGAGCCCACAACAUAUGAAUUUGUAAAGUUCAUUGGGAGUUUUAAGUCAUUAAACAAUGUGCCUAACUCAACACACAAUGGGUUUGAUGGUUCAUUACAAAGGUCUUUCAGACCGACAUACGAAGAGAGAGUCUGCUUUGUAGCCACUGUAAGGUUAGCUACCCCUCAAUUCAUCAAGGAAAUGUGCACAGUAGAGGAACCCAAUGAGGAGUUCACCUCCAGACACAGCUUAGAAUGGAAAUUCCUCUUCUUGGAUCAUAGAGCUCCUCCGAUCAUAGGAUAUUUGCCUUUUGAAGUGCUGGGAACAUCCGGUUAUGAUUAUUAUCAUGUGGACGACCUAGAAAAUCUUGCAAAAUGUCAUGAACACUUAAUGCAAUAUGGGAAAGGAAAGUCAUGCUUUUAUAGGUUCCUGACUAAAGGCCAGCAGUGGAUAUGGCUUCAGACUCACUACUACAUCACUUACCAUCAGUGGAAUUCCAGGCCAGAGUUCAUUGUUUGUAAACACAGCGUUGUAAGCUAUGCUGAAGUGGGAGCGGAGAGAAGGCGUGAGCUGGGCAUUGAAGACUCACCACCAGAAAUGACCACAGAUAAAAAUCAGGACUCGGUCUCUGAAAACCACAUCAAUACAGUCAGCCUGAAAGAAGCAUUGGAAAGGUUUGAGAACAGCCGAACUCCAUCACCAUCAUCUAAGAGCUCCAUCAAGUCAUCAUCCCACACAGCUGUAUCUGACCCUUCUUCAACACCAACCAAAAUCCCAACAGACACUAGUACCCCUCCUCGACAAGCUUUGUCUGGCCUUGACAAGAGGAGGUCUUCAGUCAGUAGCCAGUCUAAGAGUUCUCAGUCAGUUGGUCAGUCAUUAUCUCAGCCACUGAUGAAGCAGCCCACGGCAACUGUACAGCUGCAGCCAGGGAUGUCUCAGCCCAUAUUUCAGUUCACUGCACCAUUUGGAGCCAUGAAGCACCUCAAGGACCAAUUAGAGCAGAGAACAAGGAUGAUUGAGGAAAACAUCCAUCGUCAGCAGGAAGAGCUGCGCAAGAUCCAAGAACAGCUGCAAAUGGUUCAUGGACAAGGCUUUCAGAUGUUUUUACAGCAGUCUGCGCCAGGACUGAACUUUGGGCCUGUGCAGAUCUCUUCAGGAAGCACUUCAAGCAUGCAGCAAUUGCCACAGCUAACCAUGCAAGACCAAGUUGUUCCCCCAGCCAAUCAGCAUCAGGGAGGGAUGAACACAGGGCACUUGGGCACUCAGCACAUAAUGCAACAACAGCAACAGACUUUACAAAACACCAACCAGCAAGUUCAGCAAAACCUGCAUGGAGGGCAUAAUCUGCAAGCGAACCAGGCACCAGGAACUCUUUCAACUCCAAUGUAUAACACUAUGGUGAUAUCCCAGCCUUCAGCUGGUAAUGUGGUACAAAUGCAAUCUAAUAUGCAGCAGAAUAACCAGAGAGCCGCAAUCACCACUUUUCCCCAAGACAGGCAAAUUAGGUUUUCUCAGGCUCAACAAAUAGUAACCAAACUAGUGACAACUCCUGUGGCUUGUGGAGCUGUGAUGGUCCCCAGCACAAUGUUUAUGGGCCAGGUGGUCACUGCUUACCCUACUUUUGCUCCGCAGCAGCAGCCUCAGACAUUAUCAAUAACUCAGCAGCACAAUCAGCAAGACCAGCAGCACCAGAUGUCCAAUGUGCAACAGCAGCCCCCUCAAGCACAGCUCACACAGCAGCCUCAGCAGUUUCUGCAGACCUCCAGGUUGGUUCAUGGAAAUCAGUCAACACAACUUAUUCUGUCUCCUUUCACCGUACAGCAGAACACUUUUGCUCCAUCCCACCAGCAGCCGUUCUCUCGCCACAUAACUGAAAAUAUGAGUGACCUUUCAAAAGUACAGCAGAAGUGAUAUUGGCUGCAUUUUAUAUACUGCUAUUAAAGGAAACAAAGAUACAAGAGAUUGUAGAAGAUUUUAGUGAUGUUGCUUCAUUGGUAGUGAGGUGGAUGUGUGAUAUGAGACAAUAUACUUACCUAACAGAAAUGUUUUUAUCAUUUUAUGUCAUACAGCAUUUUUGUCUGGAUCAUCAUGUAGAACCAAAUAAAAUAUAAACAGGUUGUUUGCCUGCUUAUAAGUUCUCAUCCCAUCGGGGAAAAAUCAAUAAAUCGUAUAUCAAUAGAUCUUCUGCUUUAAGAACCACUCUAUUGAAAAUGUUGUCAGCAAAUCAUUUUCAUAUAUAUAUAUAUUACACUAAUUAUCAUAAUAAACACUGCAAAUUUCAUAUUUUUUUAAACUCAAGUUGUCAAUUAAAUCAAGACCUGUUUUGUCAAGACAGGUAAUUUGUUAUAUCCUGUAAACCGUUUAUACAACUCUUAGUUUUGUCAUUUAAACAGGCCUUGUUUUUAUUGUCUAAUUAAAACGGUCUUUAUAUGUGCUAGAUUUCUCUCUAUUGUUUUGUGUGUACAUUCUUUUGCAAAAUAUGGACCCUUUGUGUAACACCAGCUUUUUUCCGUUAAAGGGCCAUUAUAGUUUUAAAAUUAAACGCUCUAAUAAUAAUAAUGUAAUUUUAACACUGUUGACGCUGUAACUAUAUAUUUUUAACCCUUGUAAAGGGUUUAAACACAUAGAGUCCCACUCAGAUCAUUGGUGUUCCUGAGCAGAAACUACAGCUGAUCCAAUCAGCAUUGGUCGUGCGACUAGUGCUGCCAAUUGUAUCAACGUCAGUUUCCACUCUGGACCUGCAGUGCUCUGCGUGUCCUGAGUGGGACUCAAACCAUGCAUAGGGGUUAAUCACAUAGUUAAACACGUAUUUUUACAGCAUCACUAGGAUUAAAAUUACAUGCUGUAACAGAUUGGAACAUGUCAGUUUAUAUCCUGAUUUUAACUCGGUUCUGCUUUUAAAAUGAUCAAGGUACAGAGAGUACCUCUUUGGAACCAAAGUGAGAAAUUUGGAAAAUUGAGAAUUGUAUAUUGCAACAGAAUCAGCAUUUCACUUCAGCAAAUGAGAGAAAUUUAAUGUUUUUUAUAUAUUGUAACUUUUUGUCAAUGUUAAACAAAUGCUAUAUUGUACAGUUGCUGUAACAUAUUAUGUAAAUAUCUACAUAUAUAUAUAUAUGGAUAAUAUAAAAAGGUGUUAUGAUGCAUGGCCAUAGAUUUUAAUGUAACGUACCAUGAUACUGAAAAACAUCCUCUCACUCUUCAAUUAUUUCCACCCACUUUUCUUUUGAUAAACACCACUGUGUUCAGGGAUUAAAUGUAAGUGCGCAUUCUAGAAAUCAGUAAAUAUAUAAUUAGUACAAUCAGUGCCAAACAGUGUUGAAUUGGAAGACAUUGUAUUUGGAUACUUGAGUAUUAGAUGUGCUAUGCAAACAAAAUAAACCUUUAGCUACAACAGGAUCAAAAAGCACUGAUACAAUCUGACAGCAUUUUAACUAAGUACCUUGUGGAUGUGUAUAUGUUAUGUGGUGGGCUUGUACCUUAUUGGCGUAUGUACAAGUCCAAAAGGUCUAAAGAUCAGUGCAAAGAGCCAACUGGCUUGCUGCUUUGUAUCCAGCCGGAAUGUCCUCUAAACCAGUCAGGGGGCUGAAAUAUUAAAGAGCUUAUGAUCUUUGGCUUGAAAACUAUACUGGUCAUUAAAUGGUUAUAUCAAAAUGUUAUAGACACUUGUUAGAUGUUUUCUGGUGAAAAAGUGGAACCUUUUUACUUAGCGUAUAAUCUUACAUUUAAGCCCUGGAACAAUGGUGGUUGCUGUAUGCAUUCUAUGUUUUGUUUACAAUCUCUAGUAAUAUUUUGUGGUUUUGUUUUGUGCUUUAAUUAUAUAUGUUGUAUUAUGUUAAAAUAAGUUGACAUUGUAAUUUUGUGGGAUUGAA